AUGGAGGUGAAGCAAAUACUUCACAUGAACAAAGGAAAUGGCGAGACUAGUUAUGCCAAAAACUCCACAGUUCAGAGGAAAACAUUAUCUAUUGCCACGCCGAUCAUUGAAGAAGCAGUGCUACAACUCUUGGGAUCCAAUGUCAUGGGAAUAGAGAGCAUGGGAAUCGCAGAUUUGGGCUGCUCAUCCGGUCCCAACACCUUACUACUCAUCUCGCAGAUCAUGGAUGCAAUACAUGCUAAACGUAGCAAAGUUACAGAGCUUAGAGUGUCUCUUAAUGACCUCUUCAGAAACGACUUCAAUUCCAUCUUCCUCUCACUCCCUUCCUUCUACAACAAACUGAAGCAAGAUUACUAUAAUAAUGGCCGUGAUCCCAAUCUCUUCAUUUCUGCUGUGCCCGGUUCGUUUUACGGUCCAUUGUUUCCUAGAAAGAGUAUGCACUUUGUUCAUUCUUCUUUUAGUGUUCACUGGCUCUCUCAGGUUCCCGAUGGCCUAAACAACAAAGGAAAGAUUUAUGUUUCUAAGACCAGCCCGCAGUGCGUAUUAGACGCAUACUCCAUGCAGUUUCAGAAAGACUUUUCGGUUUUUCUGAGGUCUAGGGCACAAGAAAUAGUCGCUGGAGGUCGAAUGGUGUUGUCCUUCAUGGGAAGGCCAUCAUCUGACCCAACAGCUGAUGAAGGAACUUUCUACCAGUUCGAGCUCUUAGGCCAGGCUUUAAUGGCCAUGGUUUCCAAAGGUCUUAUAGAAGAGGAGAAGGUCAAUUCCUUCAACAUACCCUACUAUGCUUCAUGUGUAGAGGAAUUGGAAUUGGUGUUAGAAAAAGAAGGGUCUUUCAGCAAGGACCGCCUUGAAGCUUUCGGAGUGGACUGGGAUACUGAUGGCAUUGAUCUCGAUCUCAACAUGCUUGAACGUGAUGAUCAAUUAAUAACAAGCAGUGGGCAGCGAAUGGCCAAUAGCAUAAGAGUUGUGACAGAGUCGAUGCUCGAAUUUCAUUUUGGAAAAUGGGUAAUGGCUGAUGUGUUUCAUAAAUAUGCAGAACUCGUUAGCAAGUACUUAUCAAAUAGGACUACCAUACCUAAGUUUAGGGUUUUCGUCAUCUCACUCGUUAAGAAAAACUGA